CCAGUUGUGCCACAGUGGAGCAAGGCUCUAAAGCUAUGCCCAGCCAGACAUCAUCUGAUUGGUCAGAGCUCUGGUGUUCCUGGUUUCAAGCCACAGCAUUGGCGGUUUGAAUACAAGAAAACCGUGCGCAAGCCACAGUUGACAGCUGGGGUUGGGAGAACAGUGACAAUAGCAGACCGGCCAGUCCGUUCUGUCGGUUGCCGCCAGUCCAGCGCAAGGCGCUUUCUUUUCGACUUAUUGUCUUCUCGAACCGGUCACCCGACACACAACACCAAGGUCAACAAGGCCGACUUUGCAUACAAUGAUCACGGCCUUCUCCAGUUCAUUUCUGAUACCAGAGUUUCUCUGAUAUAUACAAAUCUCGACUAAUUCUGCACCUUUUCUUCGCCAGACGCAAACCUGUCAGGUUCGACGAUCGACCCGACACUGGUCUCGAGAGUGACGACUGCUUCUCUUCGUUUCUCGACCACACCUCGAGUCGCAUUCGCAAUGGCUACGACAGACCCUUCCUCGGCCGUUGCGCCGGUUGGAACAUCAGCGCAAGCAACACAGUCUAAGAGAGACAAGCGCCGCCAGUUGAUCUCCGAUCGACUGGCCCAGCUUGACGAUAGGCUGGCUAGAGACAGGGACCAAACCUUCCGCGAGCAACUUCACAAGAUCCAAAUGGACACAAAUCUGGUCAUGAGGAUUGACCCAUACGCUGAGCGACCAUUUGACAAUCUCGAGGAGGAGUACCAACAAAUCCUCCACCAGCUGAACGCCGAUGCGAGCACAACACCACAAUCGUACCUUGGAGCGGCUGGUCCGAGAUUCACAGACUGGAUGAACAAGGUCCAGGACUUGAUGGAGGAGCGUGACUACGCUUUAGCGAAGCACAAGUUUGACUAUGACAAGAAGGUGUCUGAGUACAUGAACACCCACGCCUUUAAGGUCGAGACAGCGAACCGAGAAUACCGCGCGCUCUCCCAAACCCUUCGCGACCGCCUAAUCAACGCCAUUACCACCAAAAAAUUCCGAUUGAAUAAGGAGAAGGAGGCACUGGAAAUCUCCGACUCGUCUGCUCUUCUGCUUCACCCGAACCAGUUCAGCAUCACAAACCCUGCCAGCCCUGGCGGUACCCACGCCAAGCGAGCGACGAGGUUGCGACGAGGAGAGAUUGAUGACAUGUCCUUGGACAAUAAGAAGCGAAAGCGCAAUAACAACGACGACGAUGGCUCCCCAGCCCCCCAGCGACGAGCUCUAGAUAAUGCUAAUACCACGCCUCUCUGGCAAACCGACCGCCUAGCAGUGCGCAAGACCACCGGACCAAUCUACAGCAUCGACAAGCUAUUCACCGAUAAGGAACUCUCAAUGACCUACAACACGGCUGCCUUUGCCGCCCACAAAUAUCUGUUGACGCAUAAGCCAAAGUUUGAUGAGAACGGCCGUCCUAUCCAGUCGCCAGACGGUAGCGACUCCGGCAACGGCGAGCACGACGAUGACGGCGACUCGGUUCCCUCUGCGCCCCCAAUGGAGCGCAAUAUUUCGCACGCGACUCGCAGCGGACUUCGUGGCUCAAACAAUCCCAACUUCGUGGAUGACAAGCUCAUGGGAAUGGAGUUGCUCGCCAAUUUUGACUUUCCUGGCAACUUCGACAGGAUGCUUGCUGCAGACCCCAAACUCCCAGCCACAUUCCCAUCCACAUACAUCAAGGGGCACAACAGACUUGAGUACAACACCACCAACAGCCUCGCUAACGACGACGUCAAUGGUGAUAUGAUGGUCAUGCAAGCCCUCAAGCAGUAUGAGCAGGCCAAUGGCCCUGGAUCGAGCUUUGCUGUGGAGAAUGGAAGCCGCAAGCUCCUCGAAGCUGCCUCUUUCCCAGCUAGAGACCACCGCUUUGUUGCUUACCUUCAGGGCGAAAGGCCUUCGGAGAACGAGGUGCGCAAGCGCCUCGGGCUUCCGGUGCUGCCAGAUACAGUCGAGCCUGUUAUGAGCAACGAAAGGAGCAGCACCCCGCGUCCAGGUCAUGGAGGUACACCAGGCCAGUCGCCAGCCAAGGGUUUUGGAGGAGUGCCAAUGAGCCGACAAUCCAGUGCCAAUGGUGUUCCUAUGAGCCGCAGCAGCAGUCGGAAGGGAGGACGUGGUGGACGGGGCGGUUAGAGGAGGAAUGAGGAACAUCGAGUCUCCUAAUCUGGGAUGCGGACAUUUUGCGCCACCUACCAUAUCUGGUGGAUGAAAGUUGUACAUGACAUACUACUUAUGGGCAUAUGAAACGGAGUUUUCGGGUAGGAGUUACGGGUUGGGCGGUUAUAUAUCGGGCUCGAUUUUUUCUUUUAUUUCAUAACAUUGCGGGCGGCAUCACGGGCAUCUACUGCAAUACCCCAGCGGAAGCGGUGGACUGAUUAGUUCACCGAACUAUUAUCAGUUCACAUGGA